AUGGAUCUCGCUUCUCUCCACUUCUCUUCUUCACUGCAGAGGAUGUUGCUUCUCCUUCUUCUUCUUUCAGUUUCAUUAUUACCAAAUUGGGUGUAUUCACUUGGCAUCAACUACGGUCAAAUUGCCAACAAUCUUCCCACCCCUGGCGCCGUAGUACCGUUGGUGAAAUCCAUCGGUGCCACCAGGGUCAAGCUCUAUGAUGCAGAUCCACGUGUUCUUAAGGCAUUUGCCAACACUGGCGUCGAGUUCAUUGUUGGCCUUGGCAAUGAGUACUUGGCUAAAAUGAGAGACCCCAAACAAGCUCAAGAUUGGAUUAAAACCAAUGUUCAGUGUCAUUUACCUGCAACGAAAAUUACAUGCAUUGCAGUUGGUAAUGAAGUUCUCACUUUAAAUGACUCUGUUCUAUCGUCAAAUCUUCUCCCAGCUAUGGAAAAUGUCCACACCGCCUUGGUCAACCUUAACCUCGAUAAACAAGUUGUUGUCACUACGGCUCACAAUCUGGGCAUUCUUGAAUUUUCUUAUCCUCCUUCUUCGGGCUCAUUUCGUAAAGAUCUAGCUCAAAGAUUGACUUGUAUCUUGGAUUUCCACUCCAAAACGGGCUCGCCAUUUUUAAUCAAUGCCUAUCCUUAUUUCGCAUACAAGUCGAAUCCCAAACAAGUACCCAUUGAUUUUGUAUUAUUCGAGUCUGAUUCUGGGAUUACAGACGCGGUGUCGGGCCUGCAUUAUGGGAACAUGUUCCAUGCCCAAAUUGAUGCAGUACAUUCUGCUAUGGAGAAACUUGGGUACAAAAAAGUGUGCCUGCAGAUCUCGGAGACAGGGUGGCCGUCGAAGGGGGAUGCCGAUGAGGCAGGGGCCACGCUGGAUAAUGCAAAGAAGUACAAUGCGAAUUUGCUGAAGCUGAUUGCGGAGAAGAAGGGUACACCAAUGAGGCCCAAUUUGAAUUUGAACAUAUAUGUGUUCGCUUUGUUCAAUGAGAACAUGAAGCCGGGUCCAAGUUCCGAGAGAAAUUUCGGGCUUUUCAAGCCCGAUGGAACGCCAGCGUAUAAUCUUGGUUUCAACGCCACAAGUUUGGUGGGUUCGAACACGACGACGAGCCCCGGUGGUGUUGCCGGCCUUUCUCCGGUGCCGGGGUUUUCGCCGCCGGGAAGCUCCUCCAACGGCUACUUGGCCAUCAGUUCUGACACGGAGCGACUACUUUUGCAAGGGACAUUAUCAUUUUGGUGCAAGUUGUUUUCAACUAUUAUUGCAUUCCUGCUUUAUUAG